UUUAGUUUUCCUCAUUCCUCAAACCACCUCGUUCAUUUCCCCUCUCGUUCUGGGAAAAAACAUGGCUUCACCACAAUGGAUUCUGCUGCUGGGAAUGUUGUUUAUGGCCUCCACAACAAUGGGAGCUCCCCCUAGGAAGCCUGUAGCCGUCCCAUUCCCCAGAAACUAUAUGCCCACUUGGGCUUUUGAUCACAUCAAGUACUUUAAUGGCGGCUCCGACAUUCAACUCCACCUCGACAAAUACACUGGUACUGGUUUCCAGUCCAAAGGAUCUUACUUGUUCGGGCAUUUCAGUAUGCAAAUGAAGCUUGUGCCCGGUGAUUCUGCCGGAACUGUCACUGCCUUUUAUUUGUCUUCUCAAAAUUCAGAACAUGACGAGAUAGAUUAUGAGUUCCUGGGGAACAGAACAGGACAGCCGUAUAUUCUUCAGACCAAUGUGUUCACCGGUGGCAAAGGAGACAGAGAACAAAGGAUUUAUCUUUGGUUUGAUCCGACCAAAGCCUACCAUUCCUACUCUGUUCUAUGGAACUUGUAUCAGAUUGUCUUCUUUGUGGACGACAUACCAAUAAGAGUGUUCAAAAACAGCAAGGAUCUGGGAGUGAGAUUCCCAUUCAACCAGCCAAUGAAGAUAUACUCGAGCCUCUGGAACGCUGAUGACUGGGCCACGAGGGGUGGCCUGGAGAAGACCGACUGGUCGAAAGCUCCAUUCAUCGCCUCCUACAAGGGUUUCCACAUCGACGGUUGCGAGUCGUCAGUGGAAGCCAAGUUCUGCGCCACACAGGGCAAGAGAUGGUGGGACCAGAAGGAGUUCCGGGACCUGGACGCCUACCAAUGGCGGAGACUACGUUGGGUCCGCAAAAAGUUCACCAUUUACAACUAUUGCAACGAUAGGUCGAGGUACCCCACAAUGCCACCCGAGUGCAAGAGAGACAGGGACCUUUGAUUCUUGGGUCAUCAAAUCAAAAUCCCCUUUUAUUCAUUACUAAUACCAUUUAUGAUCCGUCUUUGUAUUUUAGCCUUGCAUCAUCGGUGGCCUACUCUUAUUUCAUGUGAAUUUCAUUUUAUGUAAUAUUACUCCAAACAUUUCCUCUUUCAUGAUAAUAUUAAACCUAUAAUACUAUUAGUAUUAUUAUUA